AUGAAUCCGUCGCGUAAUGUCGGAUUACCAACUUCGAAUACCCUUAAAAGAAGAGUAAGAGGAUUUCAAAAAAAAAAUACAGACCACGAACCUGCUAUAACUUUGCUUCCUCUAGAACUAGAUAAUUAUGAUUUCCCAUGGGAUGUAUCUCCAAGGGUGUAUCGUGCGACUGCACCCAAAAGCGCCAAAAAUAGAGAAGCGUCUUCCUUUGUUAUACUCGGAGAAACGUAUAAAUCUCCCGUAGCAUCCAGGCCAGGUUCGCCGUCGGGAAGAAUCAGUCCUUUUCGUGGACACGGAUUUAAAAGUCCCAAAUCAUCAAGGCCAAAUUCAAGAGCGACGACCCCAGGUGCAUCACCUAAAAAAAGGCAAAAUCGUUUAGCAUCGGGUAAAAGUGAUAAGAAGAGUACAAUUUACGACAGAGAACCGUUUAAUAUAUAUGCUGGACUUCCACCAAAAUCACCCAUGAGAAAUGUUAAAUCUCAACCGACGAAUAACGAUGCUUCACAUACUUCAAAAGCAUUGCCAAAAAAAUCUGAUAAUGAUAUGACAUCAGAAAGUUUGGAAAAUCAAACGGUUGGUAAUUUAAUGAAAAAUAAUGAAGAAGAAGAAAAAGAAGAAGUUGAAAAUAUAACAAUUGCGCAUGAUUUAGAAGAAAAAAAUGAAGUUAAUAAAACGGAAGAUAAUAGCGAAGUUAUUGGAGAAAUAGAAAACAAUGGCGAGAAUUAUGAGGAAAACAAAGGAAUUCAAAAAAUAAUAGAGAAUAGUUUAAAUAAUGAAAAUGAACAAAUAAUAAUAAUUGAUAACAAUGAAAAAAUUAAAAAAUCACAAGGGAAAACUAUAAUGAAAAAUAACGUUGGUGGUAAAAAAAGUGCAGGCGAUAGGCGUAAAACACCUGAAAUGGCAAAAAAACAUGGAGAUGUUUUACCUCAAACGGACAAAAUAAUGCCUAUUGAAUAUUAUAAAGAUGCGCAAAUAAGAAAAUUAAGUCCGGUUUCGCCGAGGCCAAAAAGCAAAAGUAAAACGGAAAAAAACGAUUCGAAUUUACAUGAAAAAAAAAAUCAAAAUGUUAAAAAAUUUGAAAAACCACCGAUACCCCCGAGAAAAACCGGAUUAAAACCAAUAUUAAAAUCAAACGAUAAUAAAAGUAUGACGUCUAAAAGAAGCAAAAAUACAUUUUCUUCUGGAAAAGAAAAAUUAAACGAAAGGAUUAAAAAAAAUAAUGAGGGUAAUGAUAGUAAUCAUUUACAAAAAAAAACGGAAGAAAUUAGUGUCGCCGAUAAUGAAGAAAAAGAAAAAGAAAUGAAAUCGAAACCUUCCGUCGAAUCUCCGUUAAAAAUAAUACCUGAUAAAAAUAUCAAAGAGGAAAAAAAAAAAAGUAAUGAAGAAAACACUCAGAAGGAAGAGAAUAAAGAUGAUGAGGGAAAAAAUGAAAAACUCGUACCGUGUUACCAACCGGACAAAUGUAACAUAGCUCCACCAACAAUGGCUUCACCAUCGCCCAUAAUCACUCCUUCCAUCAGCACACCAUCAACUUCCGCGGACCUUGCCUUGAGCUCGACUCAAAAUUCCCAAUCGAUAUCAACGGCCCCCACCACCGUUACAUCCAGCGGAAUGAAAUCAGUUUCCUCUACGGUAGUUUUAAACGAGGAUUUGUCCAGAAAAGAAAACGAAAUAACACAAGUCGAAACCGAUUCCGAUAUUAGUUUAAUAAAAAAAAAACCACCCUCAGCGAGUUCUGUAAUAUCGUUGAAAAAAGAUAACCUCAUCAAAGACGCCGAUAAAAAUUCCGUUAACAUGGUUAAAGCCGGUACUAAAAUUCUUGUUAAAGAAAAAUCAUCCGGAGAAAUAACAUCUGGAACGAAAGUUAUCAAAGCGGAACCGGAUAUGGAAGUUCUUAGUCCGAAUAAUUUAAGAAAUUCACCCGGGAGGAUGGAAACGAUGAAUUUACCAGGAGCAUGGGAUGAAGAAAGUGACCUCAAACAUGAAGGAUUAAUUUUUUUAGUCGUGUUUAUUUGA